AUGGGCUGGUUCUCAAUCCUCCCCGAGAGUUGGCGGACGACAGAACUCUGCAUCUCAAGAGGCUUCCUCUUAUUCGCCCUGUUGAUCAUCGGCCCGUGGCUAUUCCUCAUUGUAUAUGAUAUUGUGCUCUACAUUUGUCGCCAGGCCACAUACAACAUCCCAUAUGUGGGCGGCCGAGCGCGUGGCAAGCAACGCCCACGAGCACCAAGUCUCACGGAACGGCCUAGUGGGCAUCGACGAAGAUUGAGCGUGCUCUCUCAAGCACGAAACGAACAAGCCACAGCCACUGCAUCCGCGUCAACAAGGCAACGCGCCACCGAAGACACUGCUCCUCGCGUGCCUUCCAAGUUACGAGAUUGA